AUGAAUAAUUUGCUUAGAAAGAGUGAAUCUUUACAAACACCCACUACAUGGAGGAGAGUAUCCAAAGCAGGUGGUAUAGGACUAUUUGUUAUUGGAACAUUCAUUGCCUGGCUAAUUUACUACGACAUAUACGCACUACCCGGUCCUUUUGAUACAUUCAGAUACCCUCACUCAGGUUUAGCUUUUUCUUGCUCUUCUAGUUCUUCUUCUUUAACUGCUCCAGUUUGUCAACAAUAUGAGUAUGCUUUUCCUAAAUCAUACAGGGAAAACAAUUCCACAGUAUUAAACAUUUUAUUUGACCCAGUAUUUAGGGAUCAAUCGGCAAAGAAAUUAUCAGGAGCUGUUCAAAUUGCUACAGAUGUAUACGAUGAUGAUCCAACAGUUGAUGCCGAUCCGCAAUAUUGGAAAGUCAAAUUUGGACCAUUUUACAAUUACUUACGGAAAACUUUUCCAAUAGUUUUCGAAAAUUUACAAGUUGAGAUAAUCAACUCUCAUGGCAUUGUAAUUACAUGGGAAGGUAGUGGCAGUGGUGACCAUGAUACUCGUGGUAGUAAUGAAUUAUUGAAACCGAUAUUGUUAAUGGCACAUCAGGACGUGGUACCAAUUCAACAGUCAACUUUGAAUCAAUGGACGCAUCCUCCAUAUGACGGAGUUUACGAUGGCGACAGAUUAUGGGGGCGCGGAUCUUCUGACUGCAAAAAUUUGCUUAUUGGUCUCUUGGAAACUGUAGAGGAGCUUUAUAAGUUCGGGUUCCAACCUAAAAGAAGCAUCAUUUUGGCGUUUGGAUUUGAUGAGGAAUUGGGCGGCGAAAGAGGAGCACGGUAUAUUGCCAAGCAUCUUACAGCCAAGUACGGAAACGACUCAUUUUAUGCGGUUGUUGAUGAAGGCGGACAAAGCAUUGCCUACGAAAAUGAUGUCUUGCUUGCUCUUCCCGGUACUGGAGAAAAAGGAAUGACAGAUGUGAUUGUGGGACUUCAUACUCCAGGGGGGCACUCGUCUGUUCCACCGGACCACACCGCUAUUGGACUUGUGUCUAAAGUAAUUGAUGCUUUGGAAGAAGACCCAUUCGAUCCGAUUUUCACCCCGAAGAAUCCAACAUUCCACGAAUAUCAAUGCAUUGCGCAAUAUUCACCUUCAUUGAACAAGCAUAUUAAGUGGGACCUCUUGCACGCAGACAAGAGCAAAAACUCAAACAAGGCAGCAAGAAACUGGCUCUAUCGCAAAUCGUUACUAAGCAGAUAUUUGAUCACGAGCACACAAGCAAUCGAUGUUAUUUCCGGAGGAGUCAAAUCCAAUGCCUUGCCCGAGUAUGUGGAGGCGGUAGUAAACCACCGAAUCGCAAUUGAGUCAUCAGUCGAUGCAACAUACAACCAUGACUUAGCCCACAUUCGUCGUAUAGCUAAAAAGUACAAUCUCGGUCUUGAAUCCGAAAACAAAACUAUUUAUGCAGCAACCUCGAACGGUAAAUUUACUGUGCGCAAAACUUCUGAGUUGGAACCAGCACCUACAACUCCCACUACAGGGCGUGUAUGGGAAUUGUUUUCAGGCAACAUCCGUCAUGUAUACGAACAAUUGGCGUUUACGGACCCGAAUUCAGAGUAUCAUGGCAAACGAGUAAUAGUGGCUCCUGGUAUUGCAACUGGAAAUACUGAUACGAAAUACUAUUGGAAUUUGACAAAAAAUAUCUUUCGAUAUAGACCUGGAUUAAUGACGAGCGUUGAGUCACACGCACAUGGAGUUGAUGAACAUAUUCUUUUUGAUUCUCAUUUGCAAAUCAUUGCUUUUUACUUUGAAUAUUUACAAUUGAUAAAUGAAACAGAGAACUUUGAUUAG